AUGGGCGACGCCGGCAACCCGAGCUUCGUGCUCCGCGCCAUCAAGGACGUCGCACUCGAACCCAUCGCCAAUCCCGAAAUCAUUGACCCCUACGACGUGAUCGUGCACAUCGGCCAGACCGGAAUCUGCGGCUCUGACGUACACUACUGGCAACGCGGCCGCAUCGGUGACUUCAUCCUCAACUCGCCCAUCGUGCUGGGCCACGAAUCCGCCGGCACCGUGACCGCCACCGGCUCCAAAGUCACCAACGUGCGCGUCGGGGACCGCGUGGCCAUCGAGCCCGGCGUCCCCUGCCGCCACUGCAACUACUGCCGCUCCGGCAGCUACAAUCUGUGUCCCGACACCGUCUUCGCCGCCACGCCGCCGCACAACGGCACGCUGUCCAAACUCUACAAGACGGCCGCCGACUACGUCUACCCGCUCCCCCAACACCUCACCGUCGAAGACGGCGCGCUCUGCGAACCCGUCGCCGUGGCGGUGCAGAUCUGCAAAGUCGGCAACGUGCGCGCGGGCGACAAAGUCGUCGUCUUCGGCUGCGGGCCCAUCGGCCUCCUCGUCCAAUCCGUCUGCAAAGCCUACGCGGCCGCAACCGUCAUCGGCGUCGACGUCAGCCAGGCGCGCCUAGACCUGGCCUCGACGGUCCUCCAAUGCGCCGACGGCGUCUUCCUGCCGCCCAAGCCCGCCACUCCUCCCCAAACUGCCGACGAGGAGUGCGAGUGGUCCGCGCAGGUGGCCCAGCAGAUCAGAGACCGCUUCCCGCAGCUGGGGUCUGAGGGCCCGGACAUCGUCAUCGACGCGACGGGCGCGCAGCCCUGCAUCCAGACGGGCAUGAACCUGUGCAAGAAGGGAGGCGUGUACGUGCAGGCGGGCAUGGGUCGGGAGAACGUCACGGUCCCGUUGACGAACGCGCUGAUACGCGACCUGACGAUCCGUGGCUCGAUCCGGUACACGGCGGGGGUAUACCCGCGGGCGGUGGAGUUGGUGGCAAGUGGUAAGGUGCAGCCGCGGAAGCUGAUCACGCAUCGGUAUAAGUUCGAGGAGGCGGAGGAGGCGUUUGAGACGGUGAGGAGGGGUGGGGAGGGGGUGUUGAAGGUUAUGAUUGAAGGGGUGAGGGAUUGA